AUACUAGUACUAUCCAAGAAGGCAAGAAAGCUAGUGAGCUCUGAAAAGAUGGAAACCGCCGCCGCCGCGCUGAGCAUGAAGCUCCUCAUCGAUAUGAAGGCACAGCGCGUGCUGUUCGCGGAGGCGAGCAAGGAAGUCGUCGACUUCCUCUUCUCCCUCCUCGCCCUGCCCGUCGCCACGGCCGUCCAGCUGAUCGGGAAGAAAGGCAUGGUCGGCUGCGUCGGCAACCUUUACGCCAGCGUCGACAAGCUCGACUCCACCUACGUCCAGCCCGGAGCGGCCAAGGACGAGCUCCUCCGCCCCACCGUGCUCUCCCCGGCAGCGAGCUCUAACAGUUCCCUCCUCCUGCCAGCGCCGUCGUCUGGCCAGCCAAAGACCUUCUACAGAUGCGGCUACAACUGCUUCAGCUAUGUGACGGACGCGCACGGUACGAAAUGUCCGUCCUGUGGCAAACAUAUGAUGACGGUAAUGCAUUAUGCCUCGCCCGGGUCUGGCGGCUCCGGCAAGGAGGCGGAGAACGCCGAAGGGUUCGUGCAGGGCAUCGUGACGUACACGGUGUUGGACAACCUCACGGUGACGCCCAUGUCCACCAUCUCCAGCAUCACCCUGCUCAACACCUUCGCGGUGAGGGACCUCGGCGAUCUCGAGGAGAGGACCGUGCAGCUCGGCUCCAACGAGGUCAGUCACUGGAUCUUUCAUCUGCUCACAAUUAUCCUUCGUUUUUAA